UCUGAAGUUUUUAUUUUAUUUCAUAUUAUUUUCUUUUUUUUUUUUUUUUUUUUUUAGUUGCUACAAAGUUCAACAAGGAAUUUUUGUCGGUGGUCUUUGCGUGAAGAGAAAACAUAUCGACGAAUAAUUUUAUACGCCCAUAUUUCAUCUCUCGUAAUUCGGCUUGUCUCUGGCUCUCCUCGUCGCAUAAUCACUUCUUGAAUUUCCAGAUAUAUAAAGGAUUAUUGCAAGCUGUUUGAAUAGUGACCUCUUUUGUCUCAAAUCUUUGUUUAUAUUAAAAGUCCUUGCUUUUGUCGUUUUCUUUUAUUGAUACUUGUUUAUGAUUGCAAAAAUUUAAAGACUUUCCAUCCUUUUUGAUUGUUUCUUAUCAAUUUUCCUUUGUUUCAUUUUUUUUGCCCUUAUCGGUUUGGUCUUUUUUUUUUCUUAAACAGCUCAUCUUACCGGGGUUAUUGUCUAAAUUUUUGUCUUCUAAUUAUCCCUCAUGACUUCUCAACCAGAUCAACCGAAUCAGCACCCUGACGAGGGUUCAGACCACAAUGCUGAUUCUUCGUCACAACCACAAUACCUACAAAUUCCUCCCUCAAAACCGAAACGUGGAAAUAGCUCGAAAAGUAAUAACACGGCUUCGUCUCGUGUUCCCAGCUCUUCAGAAACCGCCAGACCGUCUUCUAGUCGUGAUGAUUCUAGUAUGUAUGAGAAUUCAGUUGACGAUAAACAUGAUCCUCCGCCAGAUUACACCAGUAAUCUAUCAAUCAAUUCCCAGAAUGGCCAGUCCGAAGAUGGACAAACUUCUCAUAAUUCUGAGGUCUCCAUUGAUUGUUUGUUACAUAGCGAGUAUGAUGAAGCACCGUUCGCUUUUCCUAUACCUCUUCUACAAAAGUUUGUAGACCCAAAAAAUACUUCCCCUCUUCAUGCUGUUCACGGUCUUCCCGGUUUGUUUAAGGGGUUUCGAGUUGAUCCUCAUAAUGGUAUAUCCACCUCUGAAGUUCACUAUUCCGAUAAGCUUUCCAUGCGAGAUAUCUUGGAUGAAGACAUGGAUCCUAUGAUGGAUCUCCAUCUUGAAAAAACAAGCUCUGCCGGAAACCAAAAAUCUACCGAAUUACCAGACAACUGUGAUCGUAUUCAUUAUUAUGGUGCUAAUGUUUUACCAGAACAUGAUUCCAAAGGCUUGAUUCGUCUAAUGCUCGAAGCCUUUAAAGAUAAAGUUUUGAUCUUACUUAGUAUUGCAGCAGUCAUCUCAUUAGCUCUUGGUUUAUAUCAGACAUUUGGUCAACCGCCGAAUAUCGAUCCUAUCACCGGGAAACCUGAACCUCGUGUCGAAUGGGUAGAAGGUGUCGCGAUUAUAGUUGCUAUUGUUAUUGUUGUUACCGUUGGUGGUGUCAAUGAUUGGCAGAAAGAAUUACAGUUUAAAAAGCUCAACGCAAAAGUCUCAAAUUUCGAUGUUCAGGUACUAAGAGAUGGUGCCGUUCAGUCAACUUCUGUUUUCAAAGUAUUAACUGGAGAUAUUCUUUUCGUUGAAGCGGGUAAUGUUGUUCCUGUUGAUGGUGUAUUAAUUGAGUCGAACAAUCUGGUCCUUGACGAAUCUGCCAUGACAGGUGAAACAGACGCUACAAAAAAGGUAGAUGCGAAUGUUGCACUAUCCCGAACGAAACCUGAAACUGAAUACGAUAAGAAAGCAGAUCCAUAUCUUAUUUCAGGAACUACAGUCUUGGAAGGUAAUGGCAAAUUGCUCGUGACUGCUGUAGGUGUGAAUUCUUUUAACGGUCGUACCUCUAUGGCGAUGCGUACUGAGGGACAAGUAACUCCUCUGCAACUUCGUUUAUCUCGCGUUGCUGAUGCUAUUGCUAAACUUGGAGGUGCUGCCUCUGUCUUGUUAUUUGUAAUUCUCUUGAUUGAAUUCUUGGCUCAUCUGAAGUCUAAUUCGACUUCGUCGAAAAGUAAAGGACAAGAGUUCUUGCAAAUUCUUAUUGUUUCAGUCACCCUUUUGGUUGUUGCUGUACCAGAAGGUCUUCCUUUGGCUGUCACACUUGCGCUGGCAUUUGCGACGAAUCGUAUGCAAAGAGAUAAUAAUUUGGUUCGUCAUUUACAGGCUUGUGAAACAAUGGGAACAGCUACUAAUAUCUGCUCCGACAAAACUGGAACACUGACAGAAAAUCGAAUGACAGUGGUCGCUGGUGGCUUUGGUACAGAUUUAGUGUUUUUCAAUUCAAGUGAAGAAACACCAACGGGUGUGGACAGCAAUUCCGAUAAAUCGAAAUUUGAGGAAGCUGAAUCAAGUCCAUAUGUUAUUAAACGACUUUCUCCGGAAUUAAAGGAUCUCUUGUUAUAUAGUGUUACUGUUAAUUCUACUUGUCGACAAUUAUUUGAUGACAGUUCGGAGAAACCCAAAUUUAUUGGUUCGAAGACAGAAACAGCUUUGUUGGAUAUGGCGGUUAAUGAUUUAGGACUCGAGGAUGCCGAUAAACUUCGCAAUAGAACUGAAAUAGUUCAAUUUUUUUCUUUCUCUUCGGAUCGAAAGGCUUCUGGUGCUCUAUAUAAGAAAGAAGGCGACUAUCUGUUUGUCGUCAAAGGUAUGCCUGAAAAAGUGUUACAACAAUCUAAAUCAGUGAUUACGGGGACCUCAUUAGACGAAGUUCAAGAGAUAGAGCCUAAAAGAGAUUACUUUCAGCAAAUGGUUACAGGUUAUGCCAAACGAUCGUUACGUACUUUAGGUUUCUGCUAUCGCAAAUUUUCUUCUUGGCCUCCUGAAGGAAUAAAAGUGAAUAACGAAGAUAGUAAUAAUCCAUUGAAAUGGGAAGAUCUUUUUCAAGACAUGACUUUCUUGGCAUUUUUCGGCAUCAUGGAUCCUCUCCGUGCUGAUAUUCCAAUUGCAGUCAAAGUAUGCCAAGGUGCUGGUGUAGUGGUUCGAAUGGUUACUGGUGAUAAUAUUAUCACAGCAAAAUCUAUUGCUAGUCAAUGCGGCAUUAUUACUCCAGAUGGUACCUCAAUGGAAGGUCCUGAAUUCAGAUCUCUCUCAGAAGAGCGCCGAUUAGAGGUAUUACCCAAGCUGGAUGUUCUGGCUCGUUCCUCUCCUCUCGAUAAACAAUUGCUUAUUGAGGGACUUCAAAAACUAGGCAACGUAGUUGCAGUAACUGGUGAUGGUACGAACGAUGCACCAGCCUUAAAGAAGGCAAAUGUUGGAUUUUCAAUGGGUCGGUCUGGUACUGAAGUAGCCAAGGAAGCCUCUGAUAUUAUUCUGAUGGAUGAUAACUUUUCUUCCAUCGUUAAAGCCAUUGCCUGGGGUCGUACUGUGAAUGAUGCAGUCAAAAAGUUUUUGCAAUUCCAAAUUACUGUGAACAUUACUGCGGUUUUUCUUACUAUAAUAUCUGCUGUUGCUUCCUCAGAUCAGACUUCUGUACUUACUGCCGUACAGCUUUUAUGGGUUAACUUAAUCAUGGAUACCUUGGCAGCUUUAGCUUUGGCCACUGAUCCCCCUAUGCCCGAAGUCUUGGAAAGGGCACCUGAAGAUCCUAAAGCGUCUCUUUUUACUUUUGAUAUGUGGAAGAUGAUUAUCGGUCAGUCAAUUUACCAGUUGGCAGUUACUUUGGUGCUGCACUUUGCUGGUAACCAACUUUUUCACUACUCCGAUAAAACGAAUGAUAUGAAAACAAUUGUAUUUAAUACUUUCGUAUGGCUUCAAUUGUUUAAUGAAUUAAACAAUAGAAGACUCGAUAAUAAGCUGAACAUAUUUGAAAGAAUCAACCACAAUUUUCUCUUUGUCGGCAUUUUUUUGGUUGUUGCAGGUAUUCAAGUUGUUAUCGUAUUUUUUGGAGGAGCUGCUUUUUCUGUUACGAGAAUUGAUGGUAAAGGUUGGGCCAUUUCUAUCAUCUUUGGUGUUAUCUCUAUUCCACUUGGUGCUCUUAUUCGAUGCAUACCCAAUGAAUUUUUAAGAAAAGUACUUCCUCUUCGAUUGAUCAAUUCAGUCCUGUCAUGGAUUAUGCAUCCAAGGUUCCGUGCAAUACAUCGUCCCGGCACUGAUGAUUUAGAAGCCAACAGACUUAUCCCAUACGAGCCUUCUUCACCGACUGAAGUCAUUGAUUCAAUUAGAGAUUCUCUUUCUUUCGUGAAAAAGAUUCGUGGUGGCCGUAUAAGACAUAUCCUUGGUUCUAAGUUUGACAGGCAAAUGAAAGCUCUUCCAGAAAGCGUUCGUCCGCGUGUCAAGCGAAGAUUCCUAGAAAUGCGUAGUCCGUCUGUGGCUUCAAAUACAAGCGUUGCUCUAAUGGUUCCAAUUUCGACAUUGUUCAGCGAAGCCAGUGGUAGACUUGGUGGUCAUGAUAUAUGGGUCAAUAAUGAACAGCAGGAACCCUAUAAGCCACCAAAAUAAUCUUUAACUCUGUUAAGGUAUAUUCUACCCUUUUACUGCUUGUCUUUUUUUGGUCCUUGUCCUAAGUUGCUAUGUUGAUGUUGUACGUUAAUCUUUUAUAAAAUUAAGUUAUUAAUAGUUGCCUUGCGCGACAUCUCUCUUUCACUUGAUUGUUUAGUUUGUUUUGCUAAGAAAAAUAUAAUUUAGUAACCUAAAUAAAAGUCCUAUAUUUAUUUACAUUGUCUAUUUCUAUAUAUGUUUUAGUAAUAAUUGAUUAUAAACCUG